AUGGACACGAGUAACAAUGAAACAAAUCUCAAAUCAUUAGAACCGAAUAAAGACUCUCAUUCUCCGAUCGGCACAAUCCUUCUCAGAAAUGUUGUUCAAUACAUUUGUGUCGGUUUGAUGACGGAUAAAAUGCCGGGCAAAAAGCCGGACCUUCCGAAAGACGCGUCAAGGCAUUUGCUUACGGCGAGUGAUAUCGAAUCCUGGUUUGUGGAAAUCGGAAAAACCCUACCUCCACCGCCACAACAACCUCCUCCACCAUCCGAAGCACCACACCAACAACUUGGAAAUAAUCCCGAUUUUCCAAGACAGCAACAAAUAAAUAAUGGUAAAUCAGGUCCACCGCCUGCCUAUCCAUCAGUCAAUGGAAACUAUCAACCAGGCAAUGGAGGCUAUUUUCCACAACCUGUCAGGUCUACAGUAAUUGUGCAACAACCGGGUUUUGGAGGAGGAUACGGAGGUGGUGAUGAUCGAAUGCUCACCGGGUUGUUGCUUGGGUCAAUGGUUGGAUAUGGCAUGGGCAGUUUUUGGGGUGGUCAAUGGGCUUCUAUGGGCCGAUGGGUGGUUUUGGCGGUGGAUAUUAUUCGAAUAACGACACUACGACGGUCAACAGGUACUAUGGGGAAACGAUCCGAGCGGGCAGCAACCGGCGGGAGGGGAGAUGCUGCUGCAGGUGCGGGCCCGGUUGACGGAGGAGAAGCAGCAGCCGGAGGGAGACACUCAGGCGAUUAUGGUGGCUACGAAAAUGGAGGUGGUUAUGAUCAAGGCGAUUAUGGUGGCUACGACAAUGGAGGUUACGAUGGUGGUGGAUAUGAUUACGGUGGAGGCGGUGGUUAUGACUUUGGCGGCGGGGAUUUCGGCGGUGGUGGCGGUGAUUUUGGGGGUGGCUUU